AUGACUGCAUCGCCAAUACCAGUAGCAAUCUUCAUCUUGGCAACUUUUGCCAUUCUGAUGAUUAGCAAUAAGCAACAUUCAGACAAACUGCAAACCCAAGUAGAUCUUCUAACACAGCAGAUAGAGCUUCUUAAAGGAAAGCUUGCUGCUGUCAGGGAACCCCAUAUUGCCGGACACUCGCAGCAAUAUGCCAUUCAUCUAGCUGACUACAAAUCUCAGCAUCAUAGACAUGGCCAGUCUACUAACAACCACAGUAUAAGCCUGCCUGCCGAUACAGCUCCGCCAAAGAGUAUCCAGCAAUCAUCUGCACGUACUUCCGAGUAUAUCUCUUGUCCUGACUCGAGUCGGCAUUCUAUUGAUCAUCCUCUAUUAUGCAAUAUGAAUAGUAAUCGAUCGGUCCAGCAGGAGAUAAUCAACCCUUUGGUUCGCUCAAGUAAUACCCAGAUAUCCUCAUCAAUGCUUACUAGUUUUGAGCAUCCACUACUUUCUCUUCAUAUGUCGUCUAUCCAUGCUCCCUCUGAUAUACUCCCAACAUCACCUCGAAUGGUUUUGGAUGAGCUCGGUCCGCCAGAUGGCCAGUAUAUCCCACUUUUUUGUCCGAGCAAAUCUAAUCAGCCUAAUCUGUCGCAAUCUAUAUCGUCUAUGGUUGAUCAAUCUUUGUAUCACAGCACUUCUCAAAGACCAUCAAAUAGCUCUACCCCAAAAGCCUUUACCACUAAAGUGCAAAGCCAUGAUUGUAGAAACAAAGUAUAUGUAGAUCGAACCCUGCCAUCAUCCUCAUCAGCAUCACCUAUUCCUCUAAUUGCAAGUGUAUCUUUUGAGCAAAAGCAGCAGCUUUUGUUGCCACAAGCUGCUAUUGCUGAUCAAGACGAGUUUACACCGGAACUGUAUACUGACUUGUUAAAAAAGGUCGAGCAAGCACUACAGAUCAAAGAUAAUGAGUCAAUUCUCGACACAAAACUUGGACUAGAUUAUUCACAAAGGGUCAAUGUGCAUUCAAACAAUCUCAAUAGCUCAAGCACAGUCGGUUCAUCUGAUGAUUCUGUAGAUGGUAUCGAUUCCAUUCUAAGCCAAAUCCAGCAAGCAAUUGGCUGUGAUGGUAGUUCUUUACAAAACUCGAGUCAUUCCAUACCUCAAAUAGAAAACACACAUCGAAAUCAAUCUUUAUUAUCUCAAGAAUCACAUGCGCAGCGCAUUCCAUCAUUACCAGUUAAUACUAAAAGUAACUACAAAAACGACGCGACUUCAAUAUUUCGUGUCCCACAUAUCGAGUACAAUUCUUUAGUUGAGGAAGAUUCACUCUUAGAGCGAGCAUCAGAUCCCAUAAUGCAAAGAUAUCUUGGCCCCAACUAUCUUCAGCCACAUAAUAAUCAAAAACGUACACCGUAUCCAUCCCAUCUGGACAGCUCAAGACAAGCAAAUGGCACUCCAAGUCAUUUUUCGUCAUCUAGACGUGUAAACAACCGGUUAAACAAUAUAUAUGGCAACAAUGUUUUAAACGAUAGUCAGUCUUCAUCUAACAGUACUAUAUGUGAUGCAUCGACGUCUAAUUUUGAAGAUCAGCUGUCUAUGGCAAGUUUAGAGUAUUUAUUGCGCUAUUCUUUGCAGAAUCCAGAACCUACCGAUUCAGAGCCAACAAGAGUGCUUGACCUUGCUCAUAUCCACAGUCUUCCAAAGCUACGAUGA